ACCGCCUCUACUUCAAAGUCCGACGAAGACCUGGUCUGCUGCAUCCCGAAUUUGAUCUUAAUGUACGGAGGUAGCGUCAAGCCGUUGCUGAGCAACACGCUUUUUGAACUUCGACGCGGCCGCCGAUAUGGCAUAGUUGGCCAGAAUGGCGCCGGCAAGACCACUCUGAUGUCAAGGGUUGCUGUGGGUGACCUACCUGGCAUGGAGAAGCUGAAGUGUUACCACCUGGAGCACGAGGGUAUUCUGGACAACAUCGACAGAAAAACCACCUGCAGUCAGUUUGUGAAGCUGAGCCUUGGCUGCAAAACGCCAAGAAAUGCGCGGGCAUUGCCAGCAGUUCCACAGACAAGUAUUUGCACGAUGUUGGCUUCGAUGCGGACAUGUUCAGCAGCUGGAUGCAUUGCUCGGUGGCAGUUUUCGCUGUGCCAUGCGGGUUAG